GAAAUUCAACUUGGCAGCGAACGGUUUGUUUUUGGUGGUCGAACCUAAAAUCGCUGCUCGCUCGCGUCGAUCUGCCCGCAAACGCCAGUCGAGAUACAAGAUACAACGCGACGCGCAACGCACACACAUGUAUACAUAAAGAAACUAAUCGACAAAAAAACAAAAAAAAAAAAGCAUGCUGACUGAGUCGAGCCGCAAUUGAUUAACAUCUGGAUCUGGAUUUUUUAUAUAUAUUUUUUUUGCUGUUACAUGUGUAGCUGUAUUUAAAUUAAACAACAAACAAAAUCAUCAAAUACAAGAUACAUGCUGCAAAGUGAAAAGUUAUGCUGCCGGCGUCGCUGUCGCAGUCGCUGCCGAAGCGAGCAGUGAAUUUGUGCCGCCUAACAAAAAAUAUGUUGCUAGAGUUGUCGCCGCGUUUUAUGUAAGCCGAAGAAGAUCUGAAGGCAAAACCGAAAAGCCCCUCCCCCGCCCCCUCCGACUGCCCACGCAUAUCGCGUGUACAGGUGCUUGGCCUAUGCAACAUAAUAACAAAUACAGUUGAAAAGUAAUAAGUAAUAUAAACCAAAAGCAGUCACUGCAUUAAUUGUGAGCCGUCGCUGUCGCCGCCGUCGUCGACGCAGCCAUUGCAGCGAGUGGAGUAUGUACUAAUUAUUACUCUCGUGCACGAAACGCUCAUUUACACGCCUCAGUCGCAGUCUCAGACAGCGCAUACAAACGCAUAGACGGACACAGACACACACAGAUAGAAAACCAAACUACACAUACAUACAUACUAUACACACAUACACAACACAACACUCACACAACGACUCUGACACUGAGGCUGACGCUCGGCGAGACAUUUUUUUUGUGUACAUUUUUGUAUGUUUUCUUCAUGUUGAUGUUGUUGUUGUUCUUUGCAACAAAGUUUUACGUUUACGUUUUUUGCCUGUUUAUCUGUACAUAUAUGUAUGUUAACUGCCUUGUGUGUGUGUGUGUUUAUUUUGUAUUUGUUAAUGUACCAAAUAAACUAAUAACAUAAUAAAACAAAACAAAAAUUACAAAAACGCAGCAGCAGCAGCAAUAUGCUGCCAACAACAAUAAAAACAAUCAGCAGCCGCAACAGCAGAGCAUUCGCAGUCGCCGUCACAGCAGUAACAUCAAACAACAGAACGUCGCUGCCGUCGUCGUCGUCGCUGCUGCCGUCGCCGUUGACGUCGCCGCAUGCAUACUAUUAAUUUAUUAUACAAAUUGUUUUUAUUUUAAAUAAUGGAUCGUCGUGCAUUGAAGUUUAUGCAAAAAAGAGCGGACACUGAAAGCGAUACAACAUUAACCACAAACACAUUGACAUCAUCGGCAUCAACAACUGCAACAUUAGCAGCAGCAGCAGCAACAGUAACAGCAGCUACAACAACAACAACAACAACAGCAGCAGCAGCAGCAGUAACAACAGCGCAACCUUUGAAAGAUAACUCGAAUAUAAGAAGCAGCAGCAGCAGCAAUAACAAUAACAACAACAACGGCGAUAAGUUGCAAGCAGCAACACAACAGCUGCAGCAGCAGCAACACAAGCAACAACAACAACAGCAGCAGCAGCAGCAACAUAUUGCUGGUGUAGAGCGGCCUUUAAAGUGCCUGGAGACGCUUGCGCAGAAAGCAGGCAUCACAUUUGACGAGAAGUACGAUUUUGCAAGUCCGCCGCAUCCGGGCAUAGGCGCAACCACGCCCACCCACAACAACAACAACAACAACAACAAUACUAAUAAUAAUAAUAAUAAUAAUACAAAUAAUAACAACAACAAUCAGUUGAAUAAUAACAAAAUUAAAGGCGGCACGCCCACAUCGAUUGCCAGCACGCCGCCCUCAUCGCGUCGCCAACUAACAACACCAACAACAACAACUCCAGCAGCAACAUCAACAGCAACAACUCCAGCAACCACAGCUGCAACUGUUGCACGCUCGCGCAGCGUGUCACGUUCCAGAUCACGUUCGAGCACGCCCACCUCCCACGCCAACGCCCACGCCCACGCUCACGCACGCCAGAUCGUCACGCUGGAGAAAUCACAGAGCCCCGCCCAACAGGUGGCAUCCGCUGCGGCGGUGCCACUACAAAUCUCACCGGAGCAACUGCAGCAAUUCUAUGCCAGUGGCCCCUAUGCCGCCAUCCAGGUGAAACAGGAGUUUCCCACACACAAUGCUGGCAAUAAUAAUGCUGGCAAUGAACUGAAGCAUGCCACAAGUCUGUUGGAUGCUAGUCAAACCACACAGUUGCAACAGAUGCAGUUGCAGCAGCUGACUGGUGGCGAUGUUGCUGCGGCUGCAGCGGCUGCUGCUGCGGCGGCGGGUGCUGCAAGUCCGGCAAAUGCGCAACAAAACGCACUGCAGCAGCAACAACAACAGCAGCAGCAACAACAACAGCAACAGGCACAACAGCAGCAGCAACAGCAACAGCACUCGACAGCAAUUAGCACAAUGUCACCAAUGCAACUGGCGGCAACAGGAGGCGUGCCCGGAGAUUGGGCAAAUGGUAGGACGGUGCAACUGAUGCAGCCAUCGAGCUUCAUCUAUCCACAGAUGAUUGUGUCGGGGAAUCUGUUGAAUACGGGAUUGGGACAGCAGCCGAUUCAAGUGAUUGCUGCCAGCAAACAUUUUCAGGGAAGUGCGCCACAAAUGAUCACGACAACAACACAGAAUGCCAAGCAAAUGAUUGGCGGUCAGGCGGGAUUUGCAAGUGGCACGUAUGCGAUACCAUCGAGUCAAUCUCCGCAGACGUUGCUCAUUUCACCGGUGAAUGUGAUUUCGCAUUCGCCGCAGCAACAGAGCUUGUUGCAAUCGAUGGCUGCCGCUGCUGCCCAGCAGCAACAACAGCAGCAUCAGCAGCAGCAACAACAGCAACAGCAGCAGCAACAGCAACAACAGCUCACACAACAGCAACAGCAAUUGACGGCUGCAGCAGCACAACAAGCAGCCGCAUUAGCUGUCAGUGCGGCAGCUGCCUCAAAAGUGGGCGAUGGCCAGGGCAAGUUGCAACAAAAGGUGGUCCAAAAGGUCACAACCACAACGAAUACGGUGCAAGCGGCAACCGGUGGUGCUGCCGGUGGUGUUGUCACCCAGCAGCAGCAGCAGCAGCAACAACAAACGACAACACAACAAUGCGUCCAAGUGUCGCAAUCAACGUUGCCCGGUGUGAGUGCCGCACAAGCGGCACAGCUCAUCAAUCCCCUACAGAAUGCAGCUGCCGGUCAGCCACAACAGAUGCAAAUCUCGCCAUGGUUCUGGCCAAAUGGCCUCCAACCCUUUGGCACAAAUCCCAUCAUACUGCGUGGACAACCCGAUGGCACCUCCGGCAUGUUCAUCCAACAACCUGCCACACAUCAGGCCCUACAGACACAACAGAAUCAGAUCAUUCAGUGCAAUGUGACGCAGACACCGACAAAGACGCGUGCCCAACUGGACGCAUUGGCGCCGAAGCAGCAGCAACAACAGCAGCAGCAGCAACAGGCGAAUGCACAACAGCAGCAGCAGCAGCAACAGCAACAACAGCAGCAGCAACAACUUGCCACACAGCAGCAGGCGGUGGCUGUGGCAACAGCACAGUUGCAGCAGCAACAACUGACGGCUGCAGCGGCGGCCUUGCAACGUGCUGGCGGUUCCAUAUUGCCACAUAAUGGGUCACAAGUGAGACCAGCAAGUUCGGUGUCAACGCAGACGGCACAAAAUCAAAGUCUGUUGAAGGCAAAGAUGCGAACGAAACAACAACCUGUGCGUCCGGCGUUGCCCACGUUGAAGACGGAGAAUGGCCAGGUUGCGGGCAAGGCGGGGCAGGUGAACAGCAAUGCAACAAAUGCGCUGACUCAACAUCUUGCCGUGCAGCAGCAGCAACAGCAGGCGGCGAGUCUCCAUCAGGUGGUAACCACCGCAGGCAACAAAAUGGUUGUAAUGAGCACGUCGGGCACGCCGAUAACGUUGCAGAAUGGACAGACAUUGCAGGCGGGUGGCGUGGACAAGCAGCAGCAACAGCAGCAGCAACAACAACAGCAGCAACAGCAGCAGCAGCAACAGUUGCAGCUGAUGAAGAAUCAACAAUUGUUCCAGCAGCAAAUCAUGCAGCAUCAGUUGGCAAUGCAGCUGCAGCAGCAGCAACAGCAGCAGGUCCAACAGCAACAGCAACAGGUGCAGCAGCAGCAACAGCAAGCACAACAGCAGCAGCAACAGCCGCAGCAACAACAGACGUUGACAAAUGCAACAACUCAACAGAUAUUGCAAGUGGCGCCGAAUACGUUUAUUGCCUCGCAGCAGCAACAACAACAGCAACAGCAGUUGCACAAUCAGUUGCUGCAGCAUCAAUUGCAGCAGGUGCAACAGGCACAGCAACAACAACAGCAGCAACAGCAGCAGGUGGCACAGCAGCAACAACAGCAACGUGAACAGCAGCAAAAUAUAAUACAACAAAUUGUGGUGCAACAACAGACGGCAACACAGCAGCAACACCAGCAGCAGCAACAGCAACAGCAGCAACAACAACAGGCGCAGCAACAACAGUUGCAGCUAAGCAGCGUGCCCUUCUCUGUAUCGUCAACAACAACACCCGCUGGCAUUGCCACAUCGAGUGCGUUGCAAGCAGCACUUUCGGCCUCCGGUGCGGUCUUUCAAACAACGACUAAAACGAGCAACUCGAUGCCCAGCAGCAGCGUUGUGACCAUCAGCAAUCAAAGCACUGGACCGCUUGUAACAAGCAGCACAGUGGCAAGCUUGCAGCAGCAGGCACAGCAAUUGCAACAGCAGCAACAACACCAGCAACAACUCAUAUCGGCAAGCAUUGCAGCGGCUACGCAACAACAACAGCAGCAGCAGCAGCAACAACAGCAGCAACAACAGCAGCAGCAACAGCAGCAACAACAGCAGCAGCAGCAACAACAGCAACAACAACUGACUGCCGCGUCGCCAACACAGAAUCCCAUUUUGGCAAUGACAUCGAUGAUGAAUGCCACUGUCGGUCUGCCAACAACAACACCGCCUGUGAGCAGCGCUGUUGCUAGCACGGCGCUUGUGACGCUCAGCAACAGCAUGAGUUCGCUGCCUGCCACGCCCACAAAGGCAACAACCAUGACAACAGCGAGCAUGCAGGAGACACCCAAGACACACUUGCAACAACAGCAGCAGCAACAGCAUCAACAACAACAACAGCAACAGCAGACGGCAUCUCUGGUGCCCAUUGAAUCGCCAUUGCAGGCAGCAACAGCAGCAGCAGCUGCCGCGGCAGCAGCAACAUUGCUUGAGUCGAGCAAAGCCAGUGCGGAGGCAAGCAGCUCAACGGCGACAACAACAACGGAAACCACAUUGUUAAAUGGCGAUGCAAGCGAAGCGACGCCCACCAAGCCAACAACAACAACAGCAGCAGCAACAACCCCAACGUCAGCAACAGUUGCUGCUGCCGUGCAGUUGCCCACAGUAAAGCAAAGCAAUGCCGUGUUGCCCAGCAGCAGCAGCAACGAGAACAGCAAUGUUAAGAGCAACAGCAUAAGCGGCAGCAGCAACACUGUAACUGUAUCGAGUUCAGCGGCAACAAACGGUAUUGCCAGCAACGCGAUGCGUGCCAGCAGCAGCAGCAAUUGCAGCACAAGCAACACAAUUACCACCACCAGCAGUAGCAUUAGCACAACGGCAACCACCAAUAGCAGCAGCAACAACAAUAAUAAUAAUAAUAACAGCAGCAGCAAUAGCAAUGGCAAAGAUCUGCCCAAGGCAAUGAUUAAGCCAAAUGUGUUGACGCAUGUCAUUGACGGUUUUAUAAUACAAGAAGCCAACGAACCAUUUCCGGUGACCCGACAACGCUACACGGACAAAGAUGGCAACGAUGAGCCGCCAAAGAAAAAGGCAGCGAUGCAGGAGGAACUCAAGCCGAUUGCAACAACAACCGGCUGCAUAACACCAACGACACCAACAAUUGCUGCUGCUGGCGGUAAUAUUGUAGGCGUCGGCACCUUGGCCGCCGAUAUGGUGGCAUGUGAGCAAUGUGGCAAGCCGGAGCAUAGAGCAAAGUUGAAGCGGAAACGUUAUUGUUCGCCGGGUUGUGCGCGUUUGGCCAAAAGUGCUGCCAACAACAAUGGCAGCGGUAUUGGCAUGGUUGCCGCUGAUGCCAUGGCCUUGGCUGACAAACUGGAUGAAUCUUUGGCCGAGGAGAAGAUGCAAACGGAUGCAAUGACGCCAGAGCCAGCGAUGAUAAUGAAUGAAUUGACAGCGUCAACGCCAGUAGCAACAGCAACACCAACACCUGCAACACCCGUAGCAGCAGCAGCAGCAGCUGUUGUUGCCGCAGCAAGCAUUGCACCAGCAGCUGCAGCAAUUGCUACACCAAUGCCCAGCAGCAGCAACAGCAUUGCGGAUCGUCCAAUCUGCAACUGGAGUGUCGAGGAAGUCAGCGAGUUUAUCAAGAAUUUGCCAGGUUGUCAGGAUUAUGUGGAUGACUUUGUGCAGCAGGAAAUUGAUGGACAGGCGUUGUUGUUGCUCAAGGAGAAUCAUUUGGUGCAUGCCAUGGGCAUGAAACUCGGCCCGGCGCUCAAGAUUGUGGCCAAAGUGGAUUCGAUGAAGGAGGUGAAUGCAGCUGCCGCUAACGAUGCUGCCAAAGAGGCGGGUGUCACGCAAUAGUGCAGCAUGCAACCGGCAGCAGCAGAAAACAAACAACACUGCCCCGAGCGAGACGGCGACACAGUCAGCAGCAACAGUUGCAGCAGCAGUGGCAGUCUGCUUUCCCCAUCAUACUCAAUAACGCCACCACUUUAUUCUCCUGUGUUGCGCGCAAUGUAAUCCCAACUCCACAGCUGGAAACUGGUCUAACCAAGCCAACGUUGAGCUGGGAAUGUGAUUGACAGCAGCACAAAAUACAAAGAAAGUAACUUCCUUUCCCAUCCUGAAACCUUCCUCGAAGAUAACAUUCCUCUCCCCAUCACAACUCUUCUCCUCAACUGACCAAGCGAAUUGUAGAACUCUGUAUGUAAUUUUAAAACUUAAGCUUAAAACUUCUAAGGCCACUUGUAUGAUAAUGAUUUCAACUAAUGACUAAAGUCUCCCUGUCCCUAACGACACCCUAAUCUAACCCCUUAUCCGUAUAGUAUAUAUAAUAUAUAUAACUAUAAUCCAUAGCUCCAUCAAUUGUACAAUUUAUCACGUAAUUCUUAGACGAUUUCAUCUAAUAUAUAAUUAUAGAUUAACAUACUUAAGUGUUUUCUCUAAGAUCGGCUCGAAAAAAAGAAAUCCUUGUGGAGCAUAACUUAAACUUAAAACGUUAAACUUAAAAAAAUAACUGCAAAAAACGAAAAAAAUAACUUGUACUAAAAAAUACUAUUUGAAAUACUAUAAAAAUAAGUCAAAUUUUGCGAAUAAGUCCAAACUGAUUUGAACAUAAAACUAAAAGAAAGAAAAACAUAGAAAAGAUGAAGAAAUAAAAUUAAACAAAGUAUUUAAAGAAGCAUCAUCAGCAAUACGCAAAAAUCGUAAUACAAGUUUAAAUUUAGUUAAAAGUUCAUAAGUACAUAUAUAUAUAUAGUAUAUUUAUAGUUGCAUUAUUAUUACUAUUAUUAUACAUCUUUAUAACAAUUAUAUAUAUUAUAUAUAAUUAUUAUUUUUUUUUUUAGUAACAUUAAUGUGUAAUUUAUAUGAAUAAACACACGAAUCGGUUAUUAAACCGACAUUUAUGCUAUAGAGAGAGUUAAACCAGGUUAAUCUGUCGAACCAACAACUGAAACUAAGCUUACAAAACUAAAACAUACAAUCUAACAUCUAAUUGUAACAUUUUGCAUCAAUGAAAACAAACAAAAGAAAAACAAUACA